GUGUGCCGUGAACGGUGAGGAAUACGCGAAGUGUUGCGUGGAGGAGCUCAUCUUUUGGCAUGUCGAUAGCAAUGUUGUCAUUUCAACAUCACUUUAGUUGUGUCUCCCGAUGGGACAAGACGUAAAGUUUGCACUGGCCGAACACAAUUUUCAUUUGACUUGCAAUUCUUCCGGUGGGCAAGUGUUAUUGUUUGCUCGCAUCAACAUUGCAAUAUAUCGAUUGUGACCCUCCGCGCGCUUCUGGGGAGAAAGUGAACAUUUUGUGCGCGAAGACAGAGAGCGAGAGAAGAGUUUUUUUUUUGAGAGCGCGCAGUGCCAGAGACAAAGAAAAACCGGAAAGAAUGAUAAAAAAGAGUGUUUUGUAAUAUAUAACUUUUUAGAGAUUAUAUACUGUGUGUGUUACGGUAUAAUUUUUAUUGCUUUUUGAUAAAAUUUUGUCUCUGACUCACGCAAAGAGGACACUCGAGAUGAAGAUCCUCGUGAACAUGCCAAAUGGAACAACAACACUCUGUGUUGACAUCGACCAGAAGGCGAUAGCUCAAGAGUGUCUGGAGAAGGUAUGGCGAGAUUUGGGCAUUGUGUGUGAGACGGAAUACUUUGGACUCUUGGUCCACAAUCGCCGAGCAUCUGUGGCCACGAUUGAUGCCAGCGGACAGAUUCCGGGCAGUCCGGUGGAUGGGGAGUCGCGCAACAGGCACUGGAUCAACUUGAGGAAUCCCCUCGGCAGGCACAGCAUCGAGGGGAAUCUGCACAGUCUGGCGUUGCGGGUGAAGUUCUGGGUGCCUGUGCACAUAAUCCUGCAGGAGAGUGUGCGGAAUCUCUUCUACAUGCAGGCACGGCAGGAUUUGCUUGAGAAUCGCCUCUUGGCGUCCAAUUGGAGCAAUGCUGCCCUCCUGGCGGCACUCUUCGCCCAGGCGGAUGGCGUGAAGUACACAGAAGUCGCUCAGGCGUCACGAGGAGUGGCCCAGAUGGGCGGCGAGAGGAAGGAGCAGCAGCGCCGCGGAUCGAAGAGGAAGUGCUCCGAGACGCCAGACGUGGUGACGCAGGCCAAGAGAUGCGAUUCCCAGACGCCUUACGAGGUGUACUACAGCAUAAGGCCGCUGGUGGAGUCACAGCAAAUGCCGAGGGAUUUUGCAGCGAUGAUUCGGCAAGAGCAUGCCAAAUUGGCAAAGUUGUCCGCCAAGUCGGCCAAGUACUGGCUUCUGGCGGAGAUUUCGAAGCUCGAGGGCUUCGGUGAGGAGAUCUUUCACGUGCCGAAGAGUGAAUUUGGCACGCAGAUGCAAAUGGACAUCGCCGUGGGGCCACACGGACUUGUGAUCUACACUGUGGGGAAUGAGAAGAGAGAGAUUCCCUACAGCGCCGUGGAGUCGGUGAAGUCUAAGGGCAGGAGCUUCAGGCUACGCUACCUCUCGCAUGAUCACACCAGCACGGAGCUGGACCUAAAGAUGCCCUGCCACAGGACGGCUCACGGGCUGUAUCGUGCCAUCACGGAGAAGCAUGCAUUUUACUCGUGCGAGACGGUCGGCAGUGCGGUGCAAACGCAGUUCAUCAGAGAUCUCAAGGGGACAAUUGUGUCCAUGUUCAAUGAGGACACGGAGCUGGGCAAAAGGUAUGUCUUCGACAUCCAGAGGACUUGCCGCGAGGUGUACGACAACGCCAGGCGGGUGCUGCACUCCCAGGGAGUGGACGUGGGCUGUGUAGAGGACGAGGAGAGUCAGCCGGACGAUCUGGACAGCAGAUUGCGAGCGGUGGCGACAGAUGUGAGCGCUGUUCUGGCGGAGCAGGAAGCGAAACGAGGGCAGAUGGAGAAGAUGGUGUCCGAUCGCAUCUCUGAGGCCUUCACGUGUCGCGUGUGCAUGGACAAGGCGAUCGACACGAUGUUUGCGCCCUGCGGACAUGUCGCCUGUUGCAGGAUUUGUGCAGAAAUGUGUGAUGGAUGUCCUCUCUGCCGCUCAACAAUUGACAGGAUCAACAGGAUCUUCCUGCCAGCCGAGCUCAGGCCGAGUGCAUAAAGAAGGAGAGGAGAAAACCCGAUGACGAUGAUGAAGAGCGAUGUUUUUGCUACAAAUCUGACGAGAGAUGAAAAUGUGAUGAUUAGGUAGAAACUACUUGAUAUUUAUUUUGUAGAGAGCAGAAAAGAAUCGUGAUUUUUUCUAGUGCUUGCAAUUAUAAUGAAUUCCUGCUAAAGUUUCACUUUGAAUUGUGCAUCAAUGCAACUUUUGUAUAUAAUCCAAAACCUUUUACACAGUAUUGAUACGUAAGUGCAUUAACUUGUUUUCUUGUUGCAUAGAGAAGAGAAAGAGAGAGA